CGUGGAAAGAGUUCUUCACCCUUUCGAGCUGUCUAGCAGACUCUCGAGAGUUUUUCCGGGACCCGCUUUUCCAGGAUUCCAUCAAGCCACCGGAGCGGGGUCUUCCACCGGGGUGACUUGGUGGUCGAUGAUGAACGGCGGCUUAUACGAAGAAAGUCCACCACCAGCGCCCCAAGGAGCCGCCACCCCCAUAAGCAACAGCGGAAUGACGAGUCCGGCGACCGCGACGGCCCCGGCUGCCACCACGUCGGGGACGUCGUCGUCGUCGCCGUCGAGUGUGACCAGCAACAGUGGUUCUGCUGGUGGUCCCCUUCAUAUCCCCGCAAAAAGGCUAACUACCGGUGGUUAUGGCGGCGAAUGUGCGGAACCUAGCGUAAUCAGACAUUCCCACCAUGGGCAGCCGUGGAACUAUUCUCCAUCGGAGAACCACCACGCUGGGGCCACAGCGUUCGAACCCACGGUGGGAUUGAAUCAUCACCAAUAUGCAAACGCGCCCACAUACUAUAACCUGGCCACAGAUCCAACGGGUGGUCGUGAUAGCCGAAAAUCAGCCGCGUUAUCCUUCUGGUCACCUGCUGCAACAGCCGCUGGUGGUGCCACUCCAGAAUAUAAGUACUCGAGUGUAGCAGGUGCAGGUGGUCCUGCCACAGAUCCAGCUGUGUCUUCCUGCCAUCAGAGUUUUUCCACGUCCUCCUGGUGCAAUUAUUCGCCGUAUUCUUCGGCUUCUAGGCACCAUGUUGACCAUCAGCCUGUUCCUUAUUUGACCCCAGCGGAUGAACGCAACCGAGUUGCCGCGGCGAUGGUCGAGAGCGCGGGUUUUGCUCACGCUCACGAUGGCAGUUAUGGACUGAGAAACUACGGCCCGGAACCUGUUCCUUCAGCACCUUACCCACCACCAGGUUCUUUAGGUAGUAUGGGUGUAGGUGUUCCAUGCGGGGGAUCCAACCCUCUCGAAUGGACGGGUCAAGUAACAGUACGCAAAAAACGUAAACCGUAUUCGAAGUUUCAAACGCUCGAAUUAGAAAAAGAGUUCCUGUUCAAUGCAUACGUUUCCAAACAAAAACGUUGGGAAUUGGCGCGAAAUCUGAAUCUGACGGAACGUCAGGUGAAGAUAUGGUUCCAAAACAGACGAAUGAAGAACAAGAAGAAUUCGCAACGACAAGCUACGCAACAGCAAAACAACAACAACGCUACGACCAACAAUCAAAAUCAUCACGGUCACCACGUAGGUCAUCAUCCUCACGCACCCCAUCACGUGGUUAGUCAGCACGUCGCCACAAACGGGACGUUAAAGCAUCAUCAGUGACCAAUGGCGUUUUCUGGGGUUGGAUUCGGUCAUCAAGGAGUCGGACCUUAAUUAAUGACUGUAGAGUGUAUGUAUAAAAAAAGUGCGUAGAUAUUCUCGUCCAAUCCCAGAUGUUACUUCGCUGUGCCAAAGUUUGCAAAAAAAAAGAAAAACGAUUUUCCAGUGAUAGUUUCCUUCAUUUUCUCUUUUAAUUUAAGGACCUUAAGGUUACUGUUAAAUAUCAUAGGGCACGUGCAAACAUUCUAGCUUUCUGACUCGAACGUGAUGGAUAUGUUCGACAAUUAUUACAAAGUCAGUCAUACCAUGUUUACGUACUCGAAUGGGAAAAAGAAACGAAAAAUAGAAGAAUUUCAUCUUUCUCUGUAAAUAAUUACACACACAACACAUUAUAGACAUUUUGUUUGUCCUAGGUUCAUAAGUUAAUAAUGUACUCGGUGUCAUUCUAGUAUAUAAAAGAAAAGAUGAAAAUGCGUGUAUAGUAAAUUAUUUAAUUCCAAAUGCGACGAGGGAAGGGAUGAUCGACAGCUUUUAUUUAUAAAAGUUUCGGAUUAGAUAAUUAGAUGCUCAAUGCUGCAACUUGUAACGCUACUUAAUUAAUUAAUGUAUCAUGUCGCUGGCAAAUUAUUGUAAAUAUUACAGAUUAGGUACCUGUAUAAAUUUUCUGGCUUGUGUAUACGGUUGCGAAUUCGCAGGAUUCAAGUCUUAGUAAAAACAGGAAAGUUGCGGACAACCUUCAAACGAAACCAUUUUUUAAGUAUAAAUUUCACUU